AUGGAGCUCAUGAGGAAUCUCGUGAAGAUUAUUCUCUUCCGGUUUUCGACCGCGUGGACGUAUCUUGCAAAAAGUCGAGUAGCUGGUGAUUAUGAUGAUGAGGAUGAUGUGGAAUUUUUCAUGUAUACAGCUGAUAUCCGAGCCUGGGUCAACCCACCGGUGCCCGGAAACUACUUUCGUAACUUCUUGUCGGGCGAGCUUGGGAGGGCCCGGCAUGAAGAGCUAGUUGGUCCCGGUGGGUUUGUUUUGGCGGUUCAGGCAAUAACCGAGGUCGAUUUGUACGGUGCGGAUUUCGGGCUAGGGAGGGCUCGCAAAGUGGAGACUCAGUCGAUCGAUGGGGAGAAAUACGCAAUGUGGCUGUGUAAGCGAGGGAUUUUGAAGGAGGUUUGGAGAUUGGUCUUUCUCUACCUAAUGUUACAAUCUUUGAUUGUCUCGCGGCCUUUAUGA